AUGGCGUUGGUAAUGGACAAUGGAACCCAAUUUACAAGUAAUGUUACCCGGGAAUUUUGCGCAGAAAUGAGAAUUGAAAUGCGAUUUGCCUCGGUAGAACAUCCACAAACCAAUGGACAGGCUGAGUCAGCUAACAAGGUUAUUUUGAAAGGCUUAAAGAAGAAGCUGGAUGAAGCGAAAGGACUUUGGGCGAAAGAAUUACCAGGCGUCCUAUGGGCAUACAACACCACUGAACAGUCAAGCACGAGGGAAACCCCAUAUCAUUUAACUUACGGAACUGAUGUCAUGCUCCCUGUGGAGAUUGCCAACCAAAGCUGGCGAGUGGCUCGGUUUAAUGAGAAUGACAGUGGGGAAAAUCUGAUAGCAAAUCUAGUCAUGCUGCCUGAAGAACAACGAGAGGCGCACAUAAGGAAUGAGGCGGGAAAAGUGAAGGUUGCAAGAAAGUUUUCAACGAAAGUGGUGCCAAGAACGAUGAGGUGCAAAUCGUACCAAGGUAUACAAUACCGCGAAUAA